CCAAUUCAAGGGUCGAAGGCGAAUCUCAGUGAGAUCGUCGUGGCUCUGAGGGCAGGCCACCGCGUUUGCUCUUUCGGGUCCUCUACUCUCAGUUGACCCAGUCAACUGGCGUGUUUACGUGAGAAAAGAUUCGACGAGACAUCCAUAUAAUGCGAUCUUUAGUUUGAGCCACUGAAUCUCACUGAAGCCCCUUCCGUCUCUGCUACAUGCCAGAGAAGCUCCCCUGUUUCUGUCCGUUCUUGUGCUCCUACCGUUCCGUCUAAAAUUCCUGAAAUGGGUGCCGAAAGCUCCAUAAGUUCCAAGGUUUUGCUUCGCCAUGUCAUUAGCGUUUUGACGAUUAUUUCUUUGGAAAACCGGGUUGCAUCUGUGGGCUUGAAGGAUGAAUUCUGCGAUCCUGCCGAGUGCGGUAAGGACAUGAUGGGUCAUCCCUUCUGGAGCGACACUAAACUAUCAACCAAUCGAAGUUCUCCAACUGAGUGUGAUGAUCAGCCACCGCUCAAACUGCACCCUUUUGCGGAGUCCCUUGUCGAGUAUGAUAAUCAAUCUCUUAGUUUGAGCUCGGACUUCGAGAGAACGGGCAACGCUUGUUUUGCUCCAACUACACCGCCCGGUGAAUCUGGUACUAAUGUUUCCGGCUUUGAACUGCCCUCCUUCCUUAAUUCCACUGGGACGCCUUCAUACCUAGCAUUUCUCCAUUACCGCAGCAGCUACCCAAAUGUUGAUCAUCCAUUUCCUUACUUGACUUGCCUCUCCGUUGGGGCCAACCGCACUUGCGUCGCUCUUGUAAGUCAACCAAAAGACCCACAUCUUAAUCUGUCGGCGUGGGCGAGUCAUGUUUUUGUACCUGUGGAAUUAUCCGACUCUAGUAUUGAGGAAAUGAAAAAUGGUGAGUACGAGAAGGGGUUGAAGGACGGGUUUACAGUGAUAUGGAAUUUAACCUCCUGGGACAGUUGUGUUAAAUGCAAAAAAAGUGGAGGCAAAUGCAUCAAACAGGAUGAAGGUUUUUUUCUGUGCGUCUGUUCUGGUACCGCUUAUCCGCUUACUUGCAAAGCGCAACAUGGCAGUUUGGUGAUGAAAGUCGCAAUAGCUGCAUCGGGAGUUGGAAUUGCGAUCGUCAUUCUUAUAGUCUAUUCCAUCAGGAAGAAAUCGAACAUAAGAAAACAUAUGGUUUGGAUUACUGGAAAGAGAGAACAUUCUGCGGCUGCACAGAAAAUUGAGGGAUUAAUUUCUUCGAGGAGAUAUACCUACAAAGAUAUCAAGAGGAUGACCAAUUCUUUCCAGGAAAAGUUAGGUCAAGGAGGCUAUGGUUAUGUGUACAAAGGCAAGCUUCGAGACGGUCAACCUGUGGCCGUGAAGCUUCUGAAGAAACUGAAAGGCGAUGGGGAAGAAUUUAUCAAUGAAGUCGCGAGCAUAAGUAGGACUUCUCAUGUCAAUGUCGUCAGCCUUCUGGGCUUUUGCUUUGAGGGAAGCAAAAGAGCUCUAGUUUAUGAGUUCAUGCCUAACGGAUCACUGGAAAAGUUCAUAUUCAAAAGCAACACUUCAGAGGCAAAUCAGCAAUUGAGUUGGGAGACAUUAUACAACAUCUCCCUAGGCAUAGCGCAAGGGCUAGAGUACCUGCAUCGAGGCUGUAAUGCCAGGAUUUUGCAUUUUGAUAUAAAACCUCACAACAUUCUUCUCGAUCGGAAUUAUUGUCCCAAGAUUUCCGACUUUGGUCUUGCCAAAAUAUGUCCUAGAGAAGAGAGUAUCGUGUCGAUGUUGGGUGCGCGCGGCACUGUAGGCUACAUUGCUCCGGAAUUGGUCAUAAGGAACAUCGGAGGGGUCUCUCACAAAUCGGAUGUCUACAGUUACGGCAUGAUGGUUAUGGAAAUGGUCGGCGGGAGAAAGAACUUUGAAGUUGGGGUGGACCGUACUAGCGAAAUAUAUUUCCCUCAUUGGAUUCACCAACGUCUCGAACUUCAGGAAGAACUCGGGUUGCGUGGUAUCACGAAUGAGGAAGAUGAAGGAAUCGCUAAGAAGAUGAUCAUAAUCAGCUUGUGGUGCAUUCAGAUUAAUCCGAGAGAUUGA